UGUCGCUCGCUAGUUGCCGCACUUAUAGAAUUUAUUUAUUUAUUUUUACCAAGACCCUGAAUUUUGGCUCUCAGAGAGAGAGAGAGAGAGAGAGAGUGUGUGUGUGUGUGUUUGUACACAUACUACCCAGCCCAUCCAUGUGCGUCCAUCAAUGAAUACAGAUCCAAUACCCGCUUCUAUGGGUCCUUUUUACAAUCACUAGCUGGCUAAGUGUGAUAAGGAGAGAGCAGCAUAUUUUCUUCUCAUACAAAACUUGAAUAAAGAAAAGCGUUGUGGUCGUGAGAAGGGGGGGAGAGAGAGAGUAAUUUUGAGCAGUGCAACGAGACGGCCUCUUCUCCUCUCCACACAACCAAGAUUUUAGAGAGAGAAUCUAGAGAGAGAAAGAGAGCUGGGGUUUGCUGCGAUCAAAACAUGACGGCCGGUGGGUCAUCGGGAAGGUUGCCGACGUGGAAGGAGAGAGAGAACAACAAGAGGAGGGAGAGGAGGAGAAGAGCUAUUGCUGCUAAGAUUUAUACUGGUCUUAGAGCUCAGGGGAACUAUAAGCUUCCCAAGCACUGCGACAACAAUGAGGUCUUGAAAGCUCUUUGCGCUGAGGCUGGUUGGAUCGUCGAAGAAGAUGGUACCACCUAUCGAAAGGGAUGUAAACCACCUCCAACUGAGAUUGCGGGCACUUUAACAAAUAUCAGCGCUUGCUCCUCUGUUCAGCCAAGCCCACAGUCCUCAUCCUUUCCAAGUCCCGUUCCAUCUUACCAUGCCAGUCCAUCAUCAUCUUCCUUCCCAAGUCCAACUCGUUUUGAUGGAAAUCCCUCGUCUUAUCUUCUCCCAUUUCUCCGUAACAUAGCUUCCAUCCCCACAAAUCUUCCUCCGCUUAGAAUCUCCAACAGUGCCCCAGUUACCCCACCUAUUUCUUCUCCAACUUCCAGAGGUUCAAAGCCAAAGCCUGAUUGGGAGUCCCUUUCCAAUGGCUCUCUAAAUUCUUUGCACCAUCCUUUCUUUGCGACGUCUGCCCCUGCAAGUCCUACUCGUCCCCACCAUCUUACGCCUGCAACGAUACCGGAAUGUGAUGAAUCUGAUGCUUCAACUGUGGACUCUUGUCGCUGGGUCAGUUUCCAGACAGGUGCAGCCUCAGCAGCCCCUCCUUCUCCAACAUUUAAUCUUAUGAAACCAGCUGUUGCUCGGCCAAAUUCUCUCCAUGGCACGGUUAAUGGCCAUGGAGGGAUAGGCUGGGGUGGCACUGCAGAAAGGGGGCGAGGCGCGGAGUUUGAAUUUGAGAGCGGAAAAGUGAAAGCAUGGGAGGGUGAAAAAAUUCAUGAUAUAGGAGUUGAUGAUUUGGAGCUUACACUUGGUAGUGCUAAGAAUCGUGGUUAAAGCACCCCACAUGAAGUUUUAGCUUCGGAAUCUAUGCAAACAUGAGGCUUUGCUUCAUGUCUACCUGGAUUUGGCUGUGCAUUCUUAAUACUACUUUUGGUAGCCAUGUGGGAGUGGUAUAGCUUGGGGGGUCUACUGUGGCUGCUGCAAGUAUCGGAGACUUCAAAAAAUUAUAAUCGUGCAUCUUUUCCUUCUCUAAUAUGUAUAGUUUACUUUCUUUUUCUAGUCAUUACAGUAAUACUGAAUUCGUUAAGCAAAGAGCGAAUUUUCAGACAAGCUUCAUAUGGAAAGCAGUAAGUCUCUCAAAUCCUUCUUGUGGGUGGGCAAAACUCAGGCUUGUGAAUUGGAAGGUUAUUUUCUUUCUUUCCCUUGAUUAUCUUUGGACCUUCAAUUCUACAUUGAUCAUAGUAUCCUUAUAAAAAAUUAGCAGGUGGGAUAAUCUCAUACGCCUCAAGAGAUUAUUUCUUUUCUGGUUUUGGACCAAGCAGUUUAAUGUAUCUUUAAACACUAGCAAAUUAUUUAAAGGUAGUUUUUGUUAGAUUUCGUUCAGGGGAAAGAACUUUUUUUAUAUUUGUUUUUAUAGCGAUCUAUGUCACAAAUCUGGGAGCAAUGGAUAACAUUUAUUAUUUCUUUCA